AUGGCAAAUCGCUCGUCGUCGCCUCCCCAAGAAGGUCCGGCGACAAGCCCGGAGAGCCUUCUUUCCAACCGCGUCUUCGACAGGCAAAUUCGUCUUUGGGGAGUCGAAUCUCAACGAAGGCUCCUCUCGUCACACGUUCUUCUUGUGGGGCUAACCAGCAUCCACGUCGAACUGGCGAAAAAUCUCGCCCUCUCAGGUGUACGUGUCUCGCUCUGCGACAGCCGCUCCGUUGGCGAAAUCGACUUCGCCUUCAACUUCCUCGUAAAGCGCGAAGCGGAAGGUCAACGUGUCGCCAGCGCCAGUCUCGCUGGGCUUCGCGACAUGGCACCCUUUGUCGCCUUUGAGGAACUUCCUGAAUCUGAGUUUCAGCGGCUGCUUGCAUUUCUUGGAGAAGAAGACGCACUGGCGAAAACGCAAAAAGGGGAACGGGCCGGCGAAGCCCUCCACGCCGUACAGCUGGUCGCACGCUUUACUGCGAUUUGUGUGGCAUCUGAGUUUUACCCUCUUUCUUCCUUGCCUCAGUCUACCCUUAUUCGUUUUCCUUUCGGGUGCGUCGUUUCCUUUUUUGCCGGAAAUGCAGGCUCCGCUGGAUACCCUCUGUCGACAGCUAAAUGUUGUCCCUCCCCCCUUCUCACCCUCGCUCGGGUGCCUGCGCCGAAGUCGGAGAAGACUCAGGCUGGCGUAUCUGGAGAGGCGAAGAAAGGUGAAGAUGGAGAAGACGAGAGUUUGCCACAGCACGACAUGAAAGAAAAAGCGUAUCCAUCUCUCGACGAAAUGAUGCAUUGCAGCCUUGGCAAAGCCGACAGGAAGGUGGAUCCUGCCCUUCUCGUCUACCUCACCAUGCAGAAGUGGCAAGCGGACAAAGAAGCGAAAGGCGAGCAGGAACGAAAGGAUGGAACAACGUCCCGGACGCUGCCUCUGCCGCGAUACGACAGUUUACCUGAGGACGAUGACUUCGCUCAUUUUACAAAGCAGGAACUUCGCCAAGAGGGUGGACCUGCCGCUGCUGCCUUCGAACAGUCGCCGAUUCUCAUUAAGACUCUGCCAAUGAUGUGGGGCCGCCAAUACACCGUCACCGCGGCUAUUGUUGGUGGCGUUUUAGCUCAGGAAUUGCGAAAAUACAUCACAAAGGAGCAAGAGCCGAUCCCCAACUGCCUGUUGUUCAACGCCGACUCUUCCACUGCGGCAGUUGCUAGUCUGCCUCCAUCAGGAGUUUCUGUGUCUGUUAUCAAGACUCCCUAG